GUCGCCAAUGAGCUUCCGGAUUGAGGAGCAAUAAUGCAGCGGUAUGGUCACAGGGUGCGACCAGCAGAAUGAGAAGUCUCGGACGCCAUCACCUCGUCAUCUCAGACUGCAAAAAUCACGGCGUCGAGGCAGCCUGAAUCGGACACGAACGAACGAACGAACGAACAUUCAGAACAAAAUGUACGCAAGGUUGAUCUGCACCUCUCUUCUGUCGCUCGUGGCGCUCCUGUGUCGACCGACGGAUGGUCGUCCCUUCCAAGCACCUCUUCCACGGGAUGUGUCAGGAUGGGAGACAGCAGCGGGGUCAUCGAAUCUGGUCGCCGAUCCUUACCCUCGGCUGCCUCUCUUGUCAUUCGACGAGAAGGGCAAGUUCAAAUUGGCCGUCUUCUCCGAUACGCACAUGCUGGAUGGACAGACGAACCCAGCAAAUGUCAGCAACGUCAAUGCAGCGACAGCAGCAGAGGUCGCUUCUUAUCUGCGUGCAGAGUCACCUAACUACGUCUUUCACAACGGAGACGUAGUCUCUGGAGAAGCGGCGAACGGAACUUCAGUCGUCGAGGCGGCCGUCAAGCAACUCUUUACGCCGCUCAUAAAGGCCAAGAUCCCAUUCAGCACGACGCACGGCAACCACGACAAUGACAACUAUUGCACCCAUGCAAGUCUGGGCGAUAUAGAAAGGCGCAUCGCUCCGAACCUUUCUUAUACUCGCAGAGCGCCAGCCGGUGUGGGAGGUGGAGAUGUAGGCAGCGAUAAUUAUUGGGUUCCCAUCUAUUCUCGCUCCAAUGCCAAGCGCGGAUCAAGACCUGCGCUCUUGAUUUGGAGCUUGGAUUCUCGAAGCGGCAAGACGCUCAAAGAGCAGGGGGCGCUCCAAUUGCAUUUCAGAAACACCCAAAUCGACAGCUUUGUGGAUCCGUCUGUCGCAAUCUGGCUCAAUCGCACCUCUUCGGACCUGCAAAGAGCGUGGGGCACUCUUCCUCCCUCUUUGAUCUUCACACAUAUUCCCAAUCAUUACUUUUCCAGCACGCAGAAUGCCGACCCGUACCAAGACAAGAUUGGUGGCAUUACCGACGAAAGGCCAGGCAACUUUCCCGGCAACGAUAGUUCACCCAAGACGUUUUCCGGGUUGAACGAGGAUAAGCCAUUGGCUAACCAAGGCGACGCCGGCCAAGAUCAGCCGUACUUGACAGCUCUCUCUCGCGGUAGCACCGGUACAUCGCGCAUCCACGCCCUUGUUAGCGGCCACGACCACGGCAAUGAUUGGUGCGCACCUUCAGGCUUGACGACCAUCAAAGGUGAGAUUGUCCCAAUCUGCUUCGCGAAGAAGACGGGAGAUGGCGGAUACGACUAUGACAAUUGGAACCAUGGAACGCGCAUCUUCGACUUCGACUUGAGGACGGUAGAGCAGAGCGUCAACGCAUACAUCCGUCUCAAGACAGGAGAAAAGCGCUACGAGACCAGACUAGAUGAUACGUGGAGUCGAAAGCUGUGAUGAAGUGGUGCGCUGAGCCUGGUCCCGAAGUCGUGCUGCUUCUCCUCUUCCCGCAACUCAAUGAUUAUGAU